AUGAACGCCAUUCGGCAGACCCAACUUCUGAACAAGCGUGAGCUCGAAAACGCGACACCACCCUCUGCCUCGUGGCACGCCGACUACAGGGACACCGCCUGGAUCUACAUAGGCGGCCUGCAUCUGGGCUUGACUGAAGGCGACGUCGUGAUCAUCUUCUCCCAGUACGGCAACCCCACACACCUCAAUCUCAUCCGCGACAAGGAAACCGGCAAAAGCAAAGGAUUCGCUUUUCUGAAAUACGAGGAUCAGAGGAGCUGUGACCUGGCGGUAGAUAAUCUGGGAGGCGCCGAGGUGUUGGGCCGGCUGUUGAGGGUUGACCACACCAGGUACAAGAAGAAGGAUGACGAGGAUGAAGACACCUAUCGAAUUGACAGGCUGGAAGCCCAAGCCGAGGCCGAAGAGGGAGUCAAUGAGAAUGGGAAGAGAGAGAGUGACGAUACCGAUGAUCAAGACGAGGAGGGGGCCGGACGCAGGAGGAAACGGAGACGGCACCUGCUGAAAGAAGAGGAGGAGCUGGAGGAGUUACUGGCCAUAAAGCAAGACGGCGAGGAAGAGGAUCCGAUGAGAGACUAUCUAAUUAGGGAGAAAAGGGAGGAAGUUGAGAGGGCGAAGGAGAGGAACAAGGAAAGAAGAAAGCACCGACACCGACGGAGAGAUGACGAUGUAGAGGAUGGAAAUGGCGAUAGCGGCAGAGAAAGGGCGCACCGCCAUCGCCAUCGUCAUCGCCAUCGAGAUUCUGAAGACACUACCCAUGGGAGAAAAGAUCGGGACGACAGUGAGCGCACAAGGAGGGACCGGCGAGAGGACGAGGAGGACAGGAAACAAAGAUGGAAGCCUAACGACCAGGACUCGCGAUAUGACCGAGAUAGGGACAGGGACAGAGACAGAGAGAUGGAGCACCGUCACAGAAGUUACCGACCAAGUAGCAGGGAGAGAAGGUCAUCUCGAGACUACGGUCGUCCUUCAACGAAGCCUGAUGAUUAUUGA